AUGGAGACAGCGGAAGAUUUUGAAGAAGAUGAGCGUAGCACUCAAUCCAUGAUCUUCUACGGCUUCGACGCGAGAUAUCAUUACCCCCGAGAUAUUAUGCUAACGAUCCGAAUCUGCCACGCUACAGGCGAGACGCUGGACAAGACUGUAGAGUUCACCACUCCCCUCUAUCAUUUCAUGGGGCAACACUCCGUCGACUCCACACCAGCAAAUCCAACCGAACUCUGCGCGCACACCCUCUAUGGUGGCAAAGAGAAGAGCAACCUCGGCGCCGUCUGCACAUUACCAGCAAACGCACAGAACGCCAGGCGAACCCUAUCCAUCAACACCAUCCGCAAAUCCCCGCAAUACACAACAGACUACUACUCCUCCGCACUCGUACCCACUCUAGCAACCCAAUUAUUCGAAACCUUUUGCUUCUCCGCCUGCCAUUGCUCCGGAGAAGACGAAGAUGAGCAGCAGAAGAGGAAAGACGCAUGGACCCAGCUCGCUGGCAAAGUAAAACAAGCGAAUUCUGCAGAGAACAAAGGUCAGUGA